AUGGGGGAUCCUAAAUCGAACCCCGAAUCAAACUUAGGGGAAUCGAACCCAGCGGAAUCGAACCCAGCGGAAUCGAAUCCUGAAUCGAAACUUGAAUCGACUUCCGAAUCUAAACCCGAAUUGGACCCACUAGUAUCGAAUCCCGAAUCGAGCCCAGUGGAAUCAAAUACCGAUUCAAAACCUGGACCGAAUCCUGAAUCGAAUCCUGUCUACCGUCCCUUUAACAGUUUACCAUUCGAGGUUGCAAUCUGUAUUUUCAAAUGCAUUCCAAAAGAGGACCUCUGUAACUUCGCAAGAUGCUCGAAAUGGCUGUACAAUGGCUCCUUCCCCUACCGUUUCAACACCGUCAUUCUAAGCCCCGACCCCGGCGAAGGUGCUACUCAAAAUUUUGAUCAGCCCCUUCCGUCGUUCUUGUGGGAAGAUCAUGGGCUAUUCUACCCUGAGACUCGUAAACGGAUAACGGCCGUAUCGUUCGAAAAGUCUUAUAGUUGGCGCGACCACAUCAUUUGUCUGAGAACAAGAUUCUGUGGCCGACGGCUCCUCCCUGAGAACGUUUUUACUCGGCUCCGCAAUAACCUCGCGGCUUUAAAACAUUUCCCAUCCCUUCAAAGACUCCAUAUAUCCUACGAAAUACCGUCCGCCGCCGAAAAUAAUAUCUUCCUAGCCCUCAUCAACGGGAUUAACGAGCACGGGUCUACUUUCCGUGAAAAUCUGGAAAUAUUAGAUAUCAUAGUUUUGAAAACAUUUGAAAGUCCUGGAGAAAUGAGGGAUGGCGACCCUAGUAAGGAAAAUGAGCGAUACGAAAGAAUGUAUUCGGCUUUGUCACCCGCUAACCAAGAGUUCCUUGGGGGGAAGAUCCCCGACGAGGAGAUGGGGAAGCUGGUGAGGUCAAAAAUAUCAGCGCUCCCACAAUUAAUGAUCGCUGAAAUAUCUGUUAAUGGUGUCCCGUGGCCUUUCACUUCAAAAAGAUUCCACCGCAUUAAGCGAUUGGAAUUUUACUUCAUCCCGUUCGAAUUGUCUCCGCUAUUAAAGUAUCUAACAUUAAAUACUGCGGCGCCCAGCAGCAUGUUUACCGCCUACAAUAUCCUUAAAAUAAAGGACCCUCACGAGACAAAAGGAUUAUGGGAGAUAGGCCCACAAGACUCAGACACCGGCCCUCCGAAAGCUCUUUCAAUCUCGGAUUUUACAAGUUUGAUGACCACAAUCUACGCUGACAGAAAAAUGGAAAAAUUUGAGGAAUGGGUGGUGCAAAGAUUCCCGAAGCUCGUAUGCUUGUAUAUUUGUAUGGCCUACAACCCCGCAACCCAGUACCACAUAUGGCCGCAAAGCUUCGAUGUCCUCAAGCAGUUGAAGGAUUUGAGAGUAAUGACACUGCCAUGGCCAAGGGGGGGAACCGUAAUCCUCAACCCCGGAGGUUUAUCGAAUAUGGUUCGCAGGUGGAAAGUUAAUGGAAUGAGGAAAAUAGAAAUGAUAACCUUUGAGGGUAUACGUCGUCUGCGACCGGUAAACCCCGAGGAUCCCCUCGAUUUGCGCAACUGGGAGAAGACCAGAAUACAGUUUACAUUCGUUCCCGACCAAGUAAAGGGCUGGGAUCUGGUCGUAGGCGGAGACUAUAAACCUUCGCAAUUCCAAGAUUAUGUAGACCCAGGAGCUUAG